AUGUACGACUACAACAGUGCUGAUGACAUGAAAGAUCCUCAAGACCAAAUACGCUAUCCACCAGAGCUACUCAACUCCCUUUCGCCAUCAUCUCUUCCGCCCCAUCAUCUCAAACUCAAAAUUGGGUGCCCUAUCAUGCUUUUACGCAAUCUUAAUCCUGCCAAAGGUCUUUGCAAUGGCACACGUCUUAUUUGUAAAGCCUUUCAAAGAUACGUCAUCCAAGCAGAAGUUGCAUCCGGAUCUCAUAUUGGAGACAUGGUACUUAUACCACGUAUACGUAUUACAGCACCAGAAGAGCAAUGCCCUAUUCCUUUUACACGCACCCAAUUCCCUGUACGACUGGCAUUUUCAAUGACCAUCAACAAGUCUCAAGGCCAAACAUUUGAUAAGAUUGGCAUUUACCUCCCCCAUCCGCCUUUUGGCCAUGGUCAGCUUUACGUCGCCAUGUCACGUGUUCGCACACCUGAUUCAGUACGGUUUAUGCUUGAUCGCGACAACUCCAAAAUCGCCCAACAACCAGGGUCUUACACACGCAAUGUCGUUUACACCGAAGUUUUACUUUAA